AUGCAGUCUACAGAUCAAAGAAAAGUUUUCAAGAUACCGCCAGCUGGUAUCAGAAAAAUUAUCCUGUCCACAAAUAUAGCUGAAACCAGUGUAACUGUCAAUGAUGUGGUGUAUGUAAUUGAUUCUGGGAAAGUGAAAGAGAAAACCUUUGAUGCACUGAGUUCAGUAACUAUGUUAAAGACAAACUGGAUCUCUAAAGCCAAUUCCAUACAAAGAAAAGGCAGAGCUGGGCGAGUCCAACCAGGAAUCUGUUAUCAUCUCUUCAGUAGGAUACGUUACGAUAAUUUGCAACUGUACCAAGUACCAGAAAUGCUUCGUUUACCCCUCCAUGAACUGUGUCUGCAAACGAAGUUGUUAGCACCUGCACAAGUAUCUAUUACGGACUUCCUUUCUAAAGCACCACAAACACCAGCUUUUCUAAUUAUCAGAAAUGCAGUCCAACUACUGAAGCAAAUUGAUGCCUUGGACCCAUGGGAAGAUUUGACUGAAAUGGGUCAUCAUCUAGCAGAUCUACCUGUUGCUCCGUCCUAUGGUAAAAUGGUGCUAUAUGCUGUGGUGCUAAAAUGUUUAGACCCUGUCCUCACUAUAGUAUGCUCCCUGGCCAACAAAGAUCCAUUUAUGCUCCCAGCUCAGCCUUGUCAGAAGAGAGCUGCUUCUUUAUCACGAAAAAACUUUGCUGCCAACACAUUUAGUGACCAUAUGGCUUUGCUUCGAGCAUUUCAGGCAUGGCAGAAAGCCAGGACUGAGGGUUGGGAGAAAGCAUUUUGUGAGAAAAAUUUCUUGUCUUCUGCAUCUAUGGAAAUGAUUGUUGGAAUGAGAGCACAAUUGCUUGGUCAACUUCGUGCUUCUGGUUUUGUGAGAGCUCGAGGCGGAGGCGAUAUCCGUGACUUGAAUGUUAAUUCUGAAAAGUGGUGUGUUGUAAAAGCUGCAUUAUGUGCUGGUUUGUACCCAAAUAUUAUCCGUGUUGACCGAGCUGUUGGCCAAUUAUCUGCUGCCAAAGAGACUAAAGUUCGCAUUCACAAUCUGUCUGUGCUAAGUCCCAAUCCCUCAGUAGGUUCUCGAAAUAAAAAUAUCAGUUACUUCCCAUCUGAAUGGAUUGUCUAUGAAGAGAUGAGUAGAAAUAAUAGAUUGGCAUCUGUACGAUGCUGCACAAUGAUAUCACCAAUCACUAUCGCCUUAUUUACUGGACCUGCCAAAUUAUCUCCUGAGAUCAUCAAAGAAGCUGAGAGUAAUAUCACUGCAGAUGAAAGAAAAGUUCAAGAUUUUGUUGGUAUUAAUGUUUCUGACAAUAAUAGUGAUAGUGGUGGUGAAGACAGUGAAGACAACAAAAAGUCUUGCCUUCAGUUGGAUGAAUGGCUAACUUUUCAUAUUGAACCAGAAUGUGCAACAUUAGCACUUCAAUUACGUCAAAAAUGGCACAGUUUGUUCAUCCGCAGAAUGAGAGCUCCAUCCAAGCCAUGGACACAGGUUGAUGAGGCCAUUGUCCGAACUGUUGUUGAGGUUCUUAUGACAGAAGAGAGAGAGCUUGGUUUACAACAGCCCACAGGUAUUGGACAGAGGCCAAGACCUAUGUCCAUAGAGUCUAUCAUGUCCUGUAGUGGAGGCCGCAACUACUAUGAACUGGAGGAUCAGCCUGAAGAAAAAACAAAAAUGACAAAGCGCUCAGUUCCUUCUACACCUCCAAAGAAAAAAGAUUCAGGAAAAUUUCGAUCUGAUAAUGCUUUGUAUCCUAGUGGCAGCAAUGGUAACAAUAGUAAUCACCACAUGAGUGGAAACAGUCAUUCGAGUACUCCAUGUGACAGUCCUCAACCAUCUUCUCCUUCCAAAAUGGCAGAAAAAGACCCAGGAGCUACCUCUUCACAUCCUUGUCGAAUGUUUAUUAUGAAAUGCAAUAGCCAGAAGACAUUGGACAUUUCUCUCAACAAGUCUCUCUGGGCAACAACAGCAAAUAAUGAGAAAAAACUCAACAAGGCUUUUUUGGAUGGAAAGACAGUCUAUAUGAUAUUCUCUGUACAGGGCAGUGGGUGUUUUCAGGGCUAUGCUAAAAUGUCAUCUGUCAUAAGUAAAGACAAAGGGCAUGAAUUUCCUUCAUCUGGUAUCUGUGGAGCUUGCAGCAUUGAAUGGCUGAAAAGGGCUAAUAUUCCAUUCCAAAAUACUCAACAUCUGUCCAAUCCAUGGAAUGACAAUAAGAAGAUACAUGUCAGUCGUGAUUGUCAGGAAAUUGAGCCAUUUGUUGGAGAAUGCUUAUUAAAACUGUGGGACAAACCCGGUGCAAAUCAAAAACGUCCCAUAACAAGAGGGACCCUGGAUUGUAGCAAUGUUAUCAACAAAGCUCUAUACACUCAGGCCAGUAAUUCUUCUGUAAGCCUUGCAGGUGGACUAAAUGGUACUCGCAACCCUGCAGCUUAUAACAGGAUUCAAGCUGAUAUCUUUGCAAAUGCACUUGCAAACAGCCAUGUUGUCACAGCUAAAGGGGGUCCAGGUGCCAAACAGCAAUCUCCAGUUGGACACAAUUCCAGCAUGAACUCAUCCUCAAAGCAGGCAGGCAAAAGUGCUCAUUUCCACUAUCGUCAGAACAACCAUUUUCCCUAUCAAGGAGGUAUGUCUGCACCACCUCCUAGCAAUGCAGGACACUUUCUUGGAGCCCAUAAUAUUUACCCAACUGCUCCCAACAUGAUUGGAGCUACUGGCAUGAACCCCAUGUACAUAACCCCAAUGAUGGCCAAUCAAUCUCCUCACAUGUCCAACCCUGGGGGAUUGUCUCCUCGACAUGGAAUGUCUCCUGUGGUUAUCCUUCAAAGAGGCAGCAAUAACAACCAAAAUGCUAGCAAUAAUAACCAGUCAGCUGGCAUCAAUAGUGCUUCAUCUUCAAUGUUCACAAAUUCUUGA